AUGUGUCCAUCCAGGCUGGCAGGGGACUCUGAGGAGGAGUGGCUUAGGGAAGAAAUGAAGCCAGUGGCUGAGUCUCUGACCCUCUCCGGGAGGAACAUCCUGCUGGUAACGCAGAAGCUCCAUCUGCAGCCCGAGCAUCGUCGCCACUGGGAGGAGCUAGUGGCCACCGCUCAGCAGAUCCUGGUGGACACCACGAAGGUCUUGAUCCUUGAUGACGCUGCAAUGGUGAGGAAGACUGUGCCAGCGGCCUGUUGGUGUCUGACAUGCCUGGAUGCCCUGGAGACUGGGGAGGACGCCACCUCGCUGCGCGCUUCACUCGCUGAUCUGGCGGCUGCCCUGCUGCGACUGGGCGGCCUGACGGCGCGCUGGGCCCGGGAUGAGCGCCUGGGCCGAGCUCGCCACCGGCUAGGGUGCUGCGUCCCCGAGCUGCUAGCGGCCACCCGAGGCCACCUCCGGCACCCGGGCGAUCCACAGCUGGUGGCCUCGCGGCGCCGCGUCUUCGCUCUGACCAGGCAGAGCCUCAGAGAGCUGUUGGAUGGGUUACAGCCUGGCGUAGUUGCAGGGCCAAGCGCGCGCUCUCAGAAUGGCGCUUUGGCGCGUCGUCUGUGGAAGCUGCGACAGGUCCUGGAGGAGUCCCGGCACACCCACCUGCGUUGUGGGCUGCUGGAUGCACCACUAGCUGCCGUGGUGUGGGACUGCCUGCGCCUAGCCGCCUGUUCCACGCCACGGGAAAGGAUGCACCUGGUGUCUCGCUGCCGCCAACUGCUGCACCUCCGACCCAGGGUGCACCUGCCUCCCCAGACCAGACCAGAAACGGAAUGUGAGGCUCUGUGGGCCGCGACUGAUGCGCUCUUUCGGGGAGUCCGCGCUGGGUUACUCAGUCAGAUUCUGGACACGUUCACAGACACUCAAAGUCCUCUCCAGAGGCUGGUCCAGGCCGCCUUGGAGACUUCCAUCAUCAGGUCCCGGUGUGACAGCGAAGCCUUGACAGAAACGCUCCAGCUUCGUCUUGAUGCCUUCCACAACCAAGCCAAGCAGAUGAUUCGAGUGGCACACUUGGUUUGGGUCUGCUGCCCAGAGCAGCAAACUGGCAGAGACGUGGAGGCAGCAGUGGCAGGUCUUUGGAGGCUUAUGGUCAAAGCGAAAGAACUCUUUUCACAAAGUCCCCAAACGCGUGGCCUAGACUUGAGCCCUGUCACCCUUCAGGCCCUGCUUGAGGCCUGGGCCAGGGAAUCCGAACACCUUUUGGCGUGCUUUGAUGCCGUUCUCAAUAUUCCUGAAUUCCUGAGUUUGUCCAUUCAGGAAAUGACUAAACACUUGGACUUGUACACAAGAGCUCCGAGGAGCGGAGCGUCUAGAGAAUUUUCCAGGUCUGUGGCAUUCUUACGCGGAAGAGCCACACACAUAGUGCAGGUGAUGAGCAGAUAUGUGCGUCAAGACUCAGAUCCUAUUUUCCGGAACGGGAUGAGAGUCGUGGUCCAGCAGCUGGCACAGUCUUCCUUGGCCUUGGGUGCAGCCGCUGAAGGCAGCAGAGAUGGAGACAACGCCCUAGACACAGAUGCCUUUUUAACUAUGGCAAAACAUCUCAUCUAUUCAGCUCAGCGGGUCCAUGAGGGGCUGGAUGGGGCCAACCACCCAGACAUCCUCAGCCCGCUUCGAGCCCAAGUCCAAAGGUCUGACAUCACCAAAGGAUGGUCUUAUUUCAUUCUCCCCAACCCCCAGCAUCCCAUAGCUCCUGAAAUGAACUAUCAGCAGGUACCUGGGUUAGGAGAAAGUGGUCCAAACCCCUCUUUCCUACCAAUAGAACAACUUUCCUACACAACGGUCCCUGACACGUACAUACAGGGGUGGGGAGCUCCACUCCUUGCUGACAGCAAAGUCAUCACUCCUUUGGAGAACCAGGAUCACCAGGCAUCACCAUGCAUCAACAUGUCAGAGCAGGAUUCUACUGUGGAUGGAAUCCAAGAGACAAAGUCUGGGGAAGAACGUUUGGGGCCAGGGAAGAUGACAAAACUACAAGAAUCCCCAACACCGGCACCUUCGAUUAGAGAUCCAGCCCAGGAGAAAGUCCAUGGUGCAAAUACUAGAAACAGCAGACUUCUGGGAGUGGCUUUUCAGCAAUCUGGGAGGACCAGGGAAGCCGGGCAGGGGUUGGGAGCCAGAGCUGGUGAUUGGUACUUUCUGUGUCAGCAACUAUUUUGCCAUAACCUGAUGGCUGAAUUACCAGGGAGCAUGGCAGCAUUUGCAGAGCUUCAGCAGGAUUUGGCCUCAUUGGUUAAAGUAGCAGCUAAAAGUGGCCCUGGAAAUUUGGAUGAGAAGAGCCCGGCAGUGCUUUUAGAGCUCCAAGAUAGAUUGGAAAAGACAGAGCUCCAUGCUAAACAGCUGUUGGACCAAGUUCUGUGCUCCAAUGGUCUCCGAGCCCUCACACUGAGGGAAGAGAAUAUUGAUAAUGGGUGUCUUCUAUGGGCAGCAGCUGUCCAAGACCUGAUGCAGUGUAUGGAGAGACUGAGCAGGAAACAGGGCCUAUUCCUACUGCCCCUGCGACAGGCAGUGAAGAACCAGCAGGGGUUGCGGGAAGGGUUAGAUCAGGCAGCACAUGUUUCUCAAAGGCUACAAGAGGCUGCUGGGCUGUCUGUUGUUCUGUGUGGGGAUGAGCAAGUAAAGGGUGAGGUGUCUUUUCUGUGUGGGGAAGUUCAUGUUCUCACAGAUGCCUUGCUGGACGUGGCACACAUCUUGGUCUCCUCUCCCAAGCCAUGCCCCAGCCUCUCUACUCGUUUUGAGCUUCUCUGCUUAGAGCUCAGCCUUCAAGCCAAGGCCCUGACUGACUACAUGAGCAGCAUCAACUCGGCCUAUGAGCAUGCGUUCCAAGAAGCUGUUGGCAAGAGCUCCCAGACCAGGCUGGAAAGCAUGCUGUCUGCUAUCCAGGCUGUGCAGGGACUCAUAGCAGAAGGUCAUGAGGCUGGACCCUUCCGGGGAGACCUUCUUGUGUCUCUAGAGAACAUCCUCAGGCUUACCAAGGAGGUGGCCAAGAAGGUCCCUGUGCCCCAGGAGGAACAGGAGCUGCACAUGCUGGGCUGGCUUCAGCGGGAAUGGGCAGCUAAGGUCCACCAUACAGUGACUCAGCUCCAGGCCAGGGAAGGUGGUCACACGGAGGCUUGGAGAGUCCUGGUCCAAUGCCUGAAGCCCAGGGAGGAGCCAGCAAAGGCCCUAGAAGAGGAUCCUGUCCAGCCCCAGCCCCACCGUAAAGAUGGUGCAGCAGGAACCACUUCUGAAGACAGUGUGGAUUCUCAGGGUACUGUUCCCAAAGGUACACCAGAAAGCUCAGUGGAGACCUGUGCUGAUGAGGUAGCCACCACCAGGACCACCCCAGCAGACAGGAGCACGCACCAGAGUGGCAGCCCCUCUCUGCCUCCUGCUCAGAUGGAUCAGCCUGAGCCAGAGGAUGGCAGGACAGACAGUGAGAACAGAAUCGCCCAGAUCACACAAGAGAUGGCCAACGAGGUGCUCCUGAUGGCUCAGAGCUUGAGGAAGAGAGGGCGAGUCCUGACAAAGGAUCAGCUCAUUGCCUCUGCCAGAAAAAUCUCAGCUUCUGGAAAAAACCUUACCAGGCUCAUUUGCACCAUUGCGAAGAACUGCAUAGACGAGAGAUGCUCCCAGGAGCUUCUGUGUAUGGUGGAGCGGAUCCAAACCAUGAGCAGCCAGCUCAGCAUCAUCUCCAGUGUAAAGGCCUCCCUUGAGAGAAGCAAGUCCUCUGAAGAGCUCCUUGUGGACAAUGCACAGCAGCUCCUCCAGGCUGUCUCCAAGACCGUGAGGGCUGCAGAAGCAGCCUGUCUUCGGGGUUUAAGAUGGCCCUCCUCAGACCCAGAGGAGCUGGAGGUUGCUGCCUUCUGCACACAGUGGAAGAGGAAACUACUGCAACACCGACUUCAAGAAGUUACCAAUGUAGACUGUGAUGAGCUGGGCUUACGAAAAACAAGCACGAGGAGCCUCCCAGCAUUGGCGCCGCUGGAGCACGACCUUUGAAAGCUGAGGAACACCCGUCAAGUC